AUGGAGACACCAGGCGUAACCACGGCGAGGUUGUGUGUUGCUGUCGCCCUGCUCAUCGCUGGGUCGACUGGGUCAGUCUGCUACACUGCAGUGGAAUCACUGGAUUUAGGAUGCCUCCUGCGGUGGGAUUGUCCCCAUGCCAGUUCUAAUACCACCUACACCGUGCAGACAAAGACACAGGGGGACCCCUGGCAGGACGUGCCCUGGUGCGUUUGGGUCUCGUCCCGCAGCUGUGAUGUCUCUCAUGCCUUCUCAAACUAUGAACUGUACAACAUGAUUCGUCUGGGCGUCCACCUCAGCCCCACAUCCACGGUCUGGAUGAAGCCUCGCAAGUUUGACUACAGUGACUUCACCUUCAGUCCUCCCUCCGUCUCAGCCUCUUUGAAAGAGGAGCAGCUGCAGGUGCAGGUGCAGGUGCAGUUCCCCUGUGCUGCCAACAGGAGGUGCUCUCCAGGGAGGUGCUGCCCGAUCUCUGAACUCAUUGACCCCUGGACUACAGUGACUCUGUACAACACCGCCAAUCACUCUGAGCACCAGAGCCGUACGGUUUGGACGCAGGAAGUGGUGUCUCAUGUGGAGUUUUCAGGUUUGGCUCCGGGUCAGAAUUACUGCGCCGUGGCCAACUUCUCCUUCCCGACCUUCUCCAUGGCGGCGUCCCCAAAAUCUGCCCCUCAGUGCGUUCAGACUGUUUCCAAAUCAGGGCUGCUGCCUGCGUUGUUUCUGGGGAUCGGGCUGAUUUCUCUGCUGCUCGCUCCACUUCUCACUGUGUUUCUGAGAAGACCGAGACAAGCCGCACCAGCAAACACUGAAAAUCAACCCAAGACUCCGGCGCCCGCUCCUGAUCCAGUCUUUUUAGUCCCCCUUCCUCUGGUCCCUGUCGACCUGUGUGACAUCCACGUGGAACUCACAGAAGACCAAAUCUCGGUCGCGUCCUCCUCAAACAUGGAUUUGACCUUGACGCACACCUGUGAUCCUCCCCUUAAUGACCCCGGCUCGGGUGCAGCGUACUGGGACAGCGGCGGGAUGACGCUGGAGCGAGGCCCGGACUCUGGUAUCAGCAUCCCACCUGUGUCUCACUCGUCUGAGGACACCUGGGACACCUGGAGACUGAGAGACUGA